AUGCGUUCAAAGCCAGAUAUGGGGUGCUCUGUGACAGACGUCCUUAAACCCAGUGCAGAUUUCCUUUACUGUAAUGGGGCCAUAACCGAAGUGCUGAAGUGUGGCAGUUUACAGCCAUCCAAGCACAACACACUCAUCCUUGUAAUUCCAGGUAAUCCGGGAGUGGUUGGCUUUUACUCCACCUUCAUGCAGACGCUCCACCGAGUGUUCCAGCAGCGCCUCCCUGUCUGGGCCGUCUCUCAUGCGGGACACUGUGAGCCCCCAGACCACAUGGACAUGGUGGAAGAUACGUCCUUAGCAGCAGAGUUGGACGUUUUUGGGAUAAAUGGACAGAUCCAACACAAACUCACUUUCCUCAGAAAACAAGUACCCAGAGACACACGGCUCGUCCUGAUCGGUCACUCCAUUGGCUGCUACAUCAUCCUGGAAAUGAUCAGGAGGAACCCAGAGCUAAAAGUGUUGAAAGCCGUCAUGUUGUUCCCCACAAUCGAGCGCAUGGCUGUGACUCCUCAGGGCAGAGCAGUGACUCCUCUGAUCUGUCACCUCCGCUAUUUGGCCUAUGUCCCGGUUUUCCUGCUCUCUCUGCUACCAGAGCCUCUCAAACAAGGCCUAGUCAGACUGGCGCUGGGGGGGAUCCGUGGUCUGGACCCCACCAUCCUCCAACCCACUGUGGGGCUGCUGAGCGGAGACUGUGCAGCUAAUGCAAUGUACAUGGGAGGUCAAGAAAUGAAGAAAGUUUUAGAACGGGACAAUGCAACUAUUACGAAACAUCUAAAUAAGCUCAUAAUGUACUACGGAGCAACAGACCACUGGUGCCCGGUUGAAUAUUACCAUGAUAUGAAGAGGGACUUUCCGCACGGAGACUUCAGACUGUGUGAAAAGGGCUUUCGUCACGCGUUUGUGCUGGACGCGGCUGUGGAUGUGGCGGAGAUGGUCGCUGAGUGGAUCACACCAGACCUAAGGACAUGA